AGUAUUUGACGGUUGAAAGCAUAGCCUACGUAAGUUAUGCGUUGAAAGGAAAAGGAGAAAACAGCGGGAAAAGACGUUGAGUGGAUGGCAAGCCGUGAUCAAGUAUUUUUGUGUUUUUAAAAAAUGUACAUCAAAUCUAUGGUAGUUGAUGGUUUCAAAUCCUAUGGCCAAAGAACUGAAAUCAAUGGAUUUGAUCCAAUGUUUAAUGCCAUUACAGGGCUAAAUGGUAGUGGUAAAUCUAACAUUCUGGAUGCUAUCUGUUUCCUUCUUGGCAUCACAAAUUUGAGCCAUGUAAGAGCAACAAAUUUGCAAGAAUUAGUAUAUAAAAGUGGACAAGCAGGAGUCACGAAAGCCACUGUGACAGUCACCUUUGAUAACAAAGACAAAAAACAAAGUCCAAUUGGCUAUGAGCAUUAUGAUGAAGUUACAGUGACUAGACAGGUUGUCAUCGGUGGAAAAAACAAGUAUCUCAUAAAUGGAUCAAAUGUUCAAAACAAUCGUGUCCAAGAUUUUUUCCGCUCUGUGCAGUUAAAUGUCAACAAUCCUCAUUUCCUUAUCAUGCAAGGAAGAAUUACUAAAGUUUUGAAUAUGAAACCCCCUGAAAUAUUGGCCAUGAUUGAGGAAGCUGCAGGGACCAGAAUGUACGAAGCGAAAAAGCAACAGGCUUUGAAAACAAUUGAGAAAAAGGAAGAAAAAAUCAAAGAAAUCAAUGACAUCCUUUCAGAGGAAGUUACACCGACAUUGAACAAACUUAGAGAAGAACGAACUCAGUACCUGCAGUUUCAAAAGUCCGAACGUGAAUUAGAACACUUGAACCGCCAAUAUGUAGCUUAUAGAUUCCUCAGCCUUGAAAAAGCUAAUGCCCAAGUAAAGGAGGAAUACAAUGAGAUUUUAAAAGAAAAGACAAAUCAUUGUGCCACUGAAGAAAAACUCAAAAAUGAAAUUGAGGCACUGGAAAAAGAAAUUCAUACUCUUCAACAUCAGAGAGACCAAGUUGGUGGCAAAGAACUUACACAGCUUGAAGAAAAAUUGCGUGUUCAAGAAAAAGCCGAAUCGAAAGCCCAAUCAGCUGUUAAGGUGCUCAAGGAAAAUAUUAAAGCUGAAGAAAAGAGGAAAAAAGAGCUGAAGAAAAGUCUUGACGACGACACCGCUGCUUUAGAAGGCAAGGAGGUAGAAGAGAGUAAACUAGGCGAGACAUUUGAAAAAUUAAGGCAAACUGAACAACAGGAUAGUGAAGCUUUGACAGCUGCCCAAAAGCGCUUCCAAGAAAUCAGUUCUGGUUUGUUGGCCAGUGACAAUGGUGCUGCGGCCACUUUACCUGAAGAACUCAUGGCCACGCAAAAGAAUGUUGCUCAAGCCGAGUCGCAGUUGAAGCAUUCGGAAAUGACAACCCAACAUCUAAAAAAAGAGCUGAAAGUUAAAACUAAUGAGAUGAAAAAGUCGGAGGUCGAUUAUAAAAAAGAUGCACAAAACUCUAAGCACCUCGAGAAUGAAGUUAAGAGACUGGAAGCCGAACUUGGGCAGGUUCACUAUGAUGAAGAGAAAGUAACUAAUUUAGAGCAGUUGCAAAGAAGCUUGAAACCGGAAAUGCAUUCGCUGCGAGAGAAAAUUGAAUCAUUCGAAGCUCGAUUUCCUCAAAUGGCCUUUCGGUACACCCCUCCUGAAAGGCAAUUCGACGCAUCUACUGUGAAAGGUGUGGUGUGCAGUUUAUUUGAAGUUCCAGAUAUGUCCUACGCUACUGCUCUAGAUAUUACUGCUGGAGGUCGGCUAUACAACAUAGUAGUCGACAGCGAAAACACGGCAAAAAAGCUUCUUGAGAGAGGCAAGCUCCAGUCACGUGUCACAUUUAUCCCUCUCAACAAAAUUGAAGGCAGAACCAUCGAUGAACGGACUACGGCAACUGCCAAAAGAAUCGUUGGUAAAGAAAACUGCCAUACCGCAAUAUCUUUGAUUGAGUUUGAGAACCACUUGACGCCGGCAAUGAAGUACAUUUUUGGCAGCUCCUUUGUUUGUAAGGGUCUAGACGAAGCUCGACAAGUUACGUUUCACGAUCAGAUAAUGCGUAAAACAGUAACUUUGGAGGGGGAUGUCGUUGAUCCUGGUGGUACUUUAACUGGUGGCAGUCGAGCUUCUGGCCAAUCUGCUAUUCUCAGAGUUAACGAAAUCAAGCAGUACCGCAACGAAUUUGAGGCAAAAGAUCGUCAACUAAAGGAAGCGGAACAAGAACUUCGAGUUAUGGAGCAGGCUUCAGCACAGUAUCGCACUCUGAAACAGCGUUACGAUGUGAAAAAGCACGAAUUUGAAUUGCUCCAGCAAAGGCUCCAGCAAACGCUUCACCACCGCCAAACUCAAGAAGUUGAAAAUAUGAAGUCGGAAUUGGAAUCAGCAGAGCAAAAGGCCCUCGAAUGCACCGACAUAAUUAGAGAAGGUAAAUCGCGCAUCAAGGAGUUGGAGGAUCAGUUAAAGAAUGCCGGUAAGAUUCGGGAAACUCAGUUAAAAGCAGCCCAAGCUGAAUUGGAUCGUUGCAAGAAGGCGGCAGCUGCUUCACAGUCUAAAUGGAAGGAACAUGCAAAUGAUGCUGACUCGCUUAAACUAGAGUUGGAGGAACUUCGAAAAUCUAUUGAAACUACUGACAUUCAAUUAAAAGAGACUGAGAUAACACUAGCCAAUUUACAUGAAGAAAUGAAAGUGUUGAAUGAAGCUCUGGCAGUUGAACAAGCUAAUGUACAGGAAGUCAGAAAACAAAUUGACGAAUUUAAGGCACGAAUUUCAGCUCAAAAUCAAGAAAUUUCCAAGCGAAUUGCUGGUAAAGAACAGCGCGAAGCUCAGGUGAGUGAAGGUGAACUGCACUUGAAGAAAUUGGAACAUCGGCUUUCCAAAGCAAAAGAUGACGCAAAAGAUUCCGAAAAGCGUGUUGACGCCAUACUCGAAAAACAUGCUUGGAUAAACGAAGAUCGACACCAUUUUGGAGUAGCCGGGUCUAAUUAUGAUUUUAACGUCAUUAAUGGAGCAGAAUUGGGACAGCGCGUUCAUAAAUUGGAGGAAUCCAUGAAAAAGCUUGGUCGCCAUGUCAACGUUCGUUCCAUGACUAUGUUGACACAAGCAGAGGCGCAGUAUAAUGACUUGAUGCGGAAGAAGAGGAUUGUAGAAGAGGAUAAGGCGAAAAUUGAAAACGCAAUCCUGAAGCUGGACGAAAAGAAGAAAGAAACUCUUCAAGUGGCUUGGGAACAAGUGACAAAAGAUUUUGGUUCUAUUUUCUCUACCCUGUUACCCGGAACCAAAGCAAAGCUGCAGCCACCGGACGGUCAAACCGUGCUAGACGGUCUCGAAGUUAAAGUUGCUUUUGGCGGAGUAUGGAAAGAGAGUUUAUCGGAAUUGAGUGCCUGUCCAUUUUGCCGAAAUGUCGUGCCUCGUGUGUCUUGCUGCCUGCACCCAGUCGUAUGUCUCGUGCCAUGCAAAAGCAAAAGUCCGCUGUUGGUUACCCUGUUGCAGCCAGGUGGUGAAAGAUGUGAUGGAGACUAAUUGAACUGUUGUAUGCAGCGUGUGGUUCCAAUGUUAUCCAGAAGUAGCUGUGCUGGCGGUAUCCUGAACUACCCUGAAGUUGCCAGUGAUAUCUGGGUCUCUGACUUGAAAUAUUUUUCUGUUGGCAUUUGUGUAUUUUUCUCUGCCAAAGUUAUCCUGUGUUUGAAAUCUUUUCUCAUUCAUGUUUUUUGCUCUACCAGUGAUUUCCUGUGUUGCAGUCUUGAAAUGGUUCCAUUAUAGUCUUUGGCGUUUUUAUUGUGCAGUAUACGAUUGAGGCAACCUGAUCUAUGUCAGGUUUGACUCGGUCGACAACUGCUAGAUUAAUUUCCGGCUUUCUGCACCAACAAAAUAAUAACGGCAUAUGUUAUUAUCGCGGUUGGGAAAGUGGCCCCCCUUCCUGGGGGCUACAAAACAUACAUGUCGUUAUGUUUAUAAAAAAUAAAAACGUAUACAAAUGGCAAUUUUCAUUCACUGUUUACUCAGGGAAGAGGGACAACAGAUAUGCAUUUGUAAAUUGUCCAGUCUAAUUAAUUUUUCAGUCUUGAAUUUCAGCAA